AUGCGUACCUUUACCGCCUUCUUCACUCUUCUCUUGGCUUUGCUUUUUACUUCGCAAGUUCUCGCAGGUCCAGUCCUCGAGGUCAGUAUGGCACGUCAGAACUCCAGCAGCGCUACUGCGACUACUUCUUCGUCUUCUAGCACUUCGUCGUACAACGCUGCUACGGAUACACAGAGUGGUGUUCCUGCUGGUGUUGGUACCGGCUCAUCUGGCUCAGGCGAGGGUUCUUCGGGUCAGAACAGUAAUACUAGCACCAGUGAUGGUGUCGCAAUAUAUGCUGUUUCUGGAAGUGUAUUGAGCAUCAUUGGCUUCGGUGCUAUCCUCUUCGCGCUGUGA